AUGAGUUUCUGGUUAUGCAAAUCUAACGCGGCCAGGCGGGGAGUCGACCGCCUCAAAAGCUGCACAGAGGAAAUCCUGCCUCCCCCUAAGGCUCAGGCCUGGGGUGAGGGCCGGCAGUCGCGGCGGGCCGGAGCAGCGAGCGGACCUCGCCUCGGGGCGCCCCUCGGCGGCCACUCCGGAAGCACCUGCGGGCCGGACGGGAAAGCCCCCGGCAUCACCCACGGGAGCGGGGGGCGGCCGGCAGCUCUAGCACCGCCUCGGAGCGAGGGCAGUAGCUUGCACUCGGGCGGCGGCGGCGGCAGUGGGCACCACCAGCACUACUACUAUGACACCCACACCAACACUUACUACCUGCGCACCUUCGGCCACAACACCAUGGACGCCGUGCCCAGGAUCGAUCACUACCGGCACACCGCGGCGCAGCUGGGCGAGAAGCUACUCCGGCCCAGCUUGGCUGAGCUCCAUGAUGAGCUUGAAAAGGAACCUUUUGAGGACGGCUUUGCCAAUGGGGAAGAAAGUACUCCAACCAGAGAUGCUGUGGUCACGUAUGCUGCGGAAAGUAAAGGAGUUGUGAAGUUUGGCUGGAUCAAGGGUGUAUUAGUACGUUGUAUGUUGAACAUUUGGGGUGUGAUGCUCUUCAUUAGGUUGUCGUGGAUUGUGGGUCAAGCUGGAAUAGGUCUGUCGGUUGUUGUAAUUAUAAUGGCCACUGUUGUGACAACUAUCACAGGAUUGUCUACAUCAGCAAUAGCUACUAAUGGAUUUGUCCGAGGAGGAGGAGCGUAUUAUUUAAUAUCUAGAAGUCUAGGGCCAGAAUUUGGUGGCGCAAUUGGCCUCAUCUUCGCUUUUGCCAAUGCUGUUGCAGUUGCUAUGUAUGUGGUUGGAUUUGCAGAAACUGUGGUGGAGCUGCUUAAGGAACAUUCCAUACUUAUGAUAGAUGAAAUCAAUGAUAUCCGAAUUAUUGGAGCCAUUACAGUGGUGAUCCUUCUAGGUAUCUCGGUAGCUGGAAUGGAGUGGGAAGCAAAAGCUCAGAUUGUUCUUUUGGUGAUUCUACUUCUUGCUAUUGCUGAUUUCGUCAUAGGAACAUUCAUCCCAUUGGACAGCAAGAAGCCCAAAGGUUUCUUUGGUUAUAAAUCUGAAAUAUUUAAUGAGAACUUUGGACCAGAUUUUCGGGAGGAAGAGACUUUCUUUUCUGUAUUUGCCAUCUUUUUCCCUGCCGCAACUGGGAUUCUUGCCGGAGCAAAUAUCUCAGGUGAUCUUGCGGAUCCUCAGUCAGCCAUACCCAAAGGAACACUCUUAGCCAUUUUAAUUACUACAGUGGUUUACAUAGGAAUUGCAGUAUCCGUAGGUUCUUGUGUUGUUCGAGAUGCUACUGGGAACGUUAAUGACACUAUUGUAACAGAGCUAACAAACUGUACUUCUGCAGCCUGCAAAUUAAACUUCGACUUUUCAUCCUGUGAAACCAGCCCUUGUUCCUAUGGCCUAAUGAACAAUUUCCAGGUAAUGAGCAUGGUGUCAGGAUUCGCACCAUUAAUUUCUGCAGGUAUCUUCUCAGCCACUCUUUCUUCUGCAUUAGCAUCCCUUGUGAGUGCUCCCAAAAUAUUUCAGGCUCUGUGUAAGGACAACAUCUACCCAGCUUUCCAGAUGUUUGCUAAAGGUUAUGGGAAAAAUAAUGAACCUCUUCGUGGCUACAUCUUAACAUUCUUAAUUGCCCUUGGAUUCAUCUUAAUCGCUGAACUGAAUGUUAUCGCUCCAAUUAUCUCUAACUUCUUCCUUGCAUCGUAUGCUUUGAUCAAUUUUUCGGUGUUCCAUGCCUCACUUGCAAAAUCUCCAGGAUGGCGUCCUGCAUUCAAAUACUACAACAUGUGGAUAUCACUUAUUGGAGCUAUUCUUUGCUGCAUAGUGAUGUUUGUCAUUAACUGGUGGGCUGCAUUGUUAACAUAUGUCAUAGUCCUUGGGCUGUAUAUUUAUGUGACCUACAAAAAACCAGACGUGAACUGGGGAUCCUCUACACAAGCUCUGACUUACCUAAAUGCUCUGCAGCAUUCGAUUCGUCUUUCAGGGGUGGAAGACCACGUGAAAAACUUCAGGCCGCAGUGUCUUGUUAUGACAGGUGCUCCAAACUCACGCCCAGCUUUACUUCAUCUUGUUCAUGAUUUCACAAAAAAUGUUGGGUUGAUGAUCUGUAGUCAUGUACAUAUGGGCCCUCGAAGACAAGCCAUGAAAGAGAUGUCCAUUGAUCAAGCCAAAUAUCAGCGGUGGCUUAUCAAGAACAAGAUGAAGGCUUUUUAUGCUCCAGUCCAUGCAGAUGACUUGAGAGAAGGUGCACAGUAUUUGAUGCAGGCUGCUGGUCUUGGGCGUAUGAAACCAAACACACUUGUCCUUGGAUUUAAGAAAGAUUGGUUGCAAGCAGAUAUGAGAGAUGUGGAUAUGUACAUAAACAUAUUUCAUGACGCCUUUGACAUACAAUAUGGAGUAGUGGUUAUCCGCCUAAAAGAGGGUCUGGAUAUAUCUCAUCUUCAAGCACAAGAAGAAUUAUUGUCUUCACAAGAGAAAUCUCCCGGUGUCAAGGAUGUGGUACUAAGUAUGGAGUACAGUAAAAAAUCGGAUUUAGAUACCUCCAAGCCAUCCGAUGAGAAAAGUGUUACACACAAAGAUGAGGAAGAGGAUGGCAAGACUCCAACUCAACCACUGUUGAAAAAAGAAUCCAAAGGCCCUGCUGUGCCCUUAAAUGUAGCUGACCAAAAGCUUCUUGAAGCUAGUACACAGUUUCAGAAAAAACAAGGAAAGAAUACUAUUGAUGUCUGGUGGCUUUUUGAUGAUGGAGGUUUGACCUUAUUGAUACCUUACCUUCUGACUACCAAGAAAAAGUGGAAAGACUGUAAGAUCAGAGUGUUCAUUGGUGGGAAAAUAAACCGAAUAGACCAUGACCGGAGAGCGAUGGCUACUUUGCUUAGUAAAUUCCGGAUAGACUUCUCUGAUAUCAUGGUCUUAGGAGAUAUUAAUACUAAACCAAAGAAAGAAAAUAUUGUAGCAUUUGAUGAAAUGAUUGAGCCGUAUAGACUUCAUGAAGAUGACAAAGAACAAGAUAUUGCAGAUAAAAUGAAAGAAGAUGAGCCAUGGCGAAUAACAGAUAAUGAGCUUGAACUUUAUAAGACCAAGACCUAUCGGCAGAUAAGGUUAAAUGAAUUACUAAAGGAACAUUCAAGUACAGCUAAUAUCAUUGUCAUGAGUCUCCCAGUUGCUAGGAAAGGUGCUGUGUCAAGUGCUCUCUAUAUGGCCUGGUUAGAAGCUCUAUCAAAGGACCUACCGCCAAUUCUCCUAGUCCGUGGGAAUCAUCAGAGUGUCCUUACCUUCUAUUCUUAA